AUGCACCACCGGGAGAGUCUGCUGCCGACCUAUGGCUCGAAAGGUUCGAACUUUGCUGGUGUCUUCGUCGGUGGUGUGGCCUACGGUAUCCAUACUGCGGUCUUCGCUGCUGCUACAUAUUUCAUCAUUUCUGCUUACAAGGCGUUGAAAAGGCUACCGUGGAGCUUCCUGAUAUUUAUAUUUUCUCUCUUUACUCUUGGAACGAUUGACAUAGCCUGUAACACGAAAUUCGGAGAUAUGAUGUGGAUUGACGAUCGCAAUAUCCCCGGAGGCCCGAAUGCCUGGCUAGAAGCAGGCUACUCGACACCUGUAAAUGUUCUUGGGAGCGCGUCGUAUAUAUUCUCCAAUUUUCUCGCAGACGCGAUGAUUAUAUAUCGCCUCUGGGUCAUCUGGAGCUACAAUUGGUACAUCAUCAUCAUUCCGAUAUUGUCUUUCUUAGCCUCCACUGCUCUUUCCAUUCUUACGAUCUACGAAACCGCUCAACCAGGCGCAAGUCUUUGGUCGCACAUAACACUUGGAUUUUCCGUGCCGUACUGGUCGCUUUCAAUCGCUCUCAAUAUCCUCGUCACUUUGGCUAUCGUCUACCGCCUUGUAGCCAUGAAACGGCGAAUCGGACGACUCCUUAGCCCGGCACAUUCUCGCAUGUACACCUCACUGUCGUCGAUGGUCAUCGAAUCCGCCGCUCUAUACUCCAUCACAGGGAUGAUCUUCAUCAUCUGUUACGCGAGAUCAAGCAGCGUCCAGAAUAUAGUUCUGCCAAUUCUUGGUCAGGUCAUGUGCAUCGCCCCCGAACUUAUUAUUCUUCGUGUUGCUCGCGGAAGAGCAUGGUCCUCCAACACAGUUACCCUCCUCGAAGGGACCACAGCUACGGGUGUCAAUGAAAUCACCACCUCCUUGAUAUAUCAAGGAAGGCGUAGUAUACUUAGCCAUUGA